GCUAUAUUUGACAACGCUGGUCCUUUGAGUUUCCUCCGUCGUGUCUUUAUGAGCUUCGAUUUAGCUCUCCGUCCUUCCUUCAUAAAGUGACGUUCUCUUUCUACUCCGCUUGGCAGGACGCUCCGAAACCCUAAUCCGUGUCGGACUUACUCAGAACAUAUCUUGGGAUUUGUGCAUUCAUUUCUUUGAUGUGCUUGUGUGGCUAUAUAUGUGGAGGUCCAUCUUCCAGAGCUGCAUAAGACAUGCUUUGGAGGUUUCCAUGACAUAACACUUGCUUAGAGUAUUGUGUAUUUGGACAAGCAAUUGGAGAUCUCUCUUGUUCUUCACAUACCCUCUUGGCUAAUAGGGUUAUUUGAAGAUUUUGGAGACUUCAUCGACGUAGGGAGAAGAAGCUCUGUGUGAGUUAAUCUUGAUUGUGAGUUCCUUUUAUAGAUGGAUUAUAGCUCAGGAGAGGAGUCGGAUAUAAGCGACUCUCAGAUUCCUGAACAGGAGGACAAAGCCUACUCAGAGUUGAAAAGCGGGAAAUAUAAAGUGAAGCGUUCAAAUGGCAUGUAUAGAUGUCCUUUCUGUCUUGGUAAGAAGAAGCGGGAUUAUCAUUACAAGGAUCUACUUCAGCAUUCUACAGGAAUUGGUUCCUCUAACCGUACGGCUAAAGUGAAGGCUAACCAUCUUGCUUUGUCAAAAUAUUUAGACAAGUAUCUCACCGAAAAUGCGAACCCAUCAGUAGAAUCGGUUUCUCAGAAUUCUUCCAAAACAGAGCAAGAGGAGUUGUUUGUUUGGCCCUGGAUGGGUAUCCUUGUCAAUCUUCUUACCGAGUUCAAUAAAGAUGGCAAGCCAGUCAGUGUAAGUGGUACUAAGCUUAAGGAACAACUGUCUGGAUUUAAUCCCUUAAAAGUCCAUCCACAAUGGAGUCCUAUGGGACCCACAGGAACUGCAGUUGUUGACUUCAGAAAAGAUUGGACUGGUUUCAAGGACGCUCUGGCUUUUGAAAAAUAUUUUGAAGCUCGACACCUGGGUAAGAAGGACUGGAACCAUAAAAAACAUGCUGCUCCUGAUAUGUAUGGAUGGGUUGCACGUGCUGAUGAUUACGAGUCCUCUGGUAAAGUUGGAGAACACCUACGCAGAAACGGCGAUCUAAAAUCUGUUUCUGAGAUUUCCAGAGAAGAGAAUAUGAAAACAAAAAAACUUGUUGCAAAUCUUGCUAGUGAGAUUGAAGUGAAGAACAAGCAUUUACAUGAACUAGAAUUUAAGUACAACCAGACCACCAUGUCUCUUGAUAAAAUGAUGACAGAUUUGAAGGAAAUGCUGCAUCAUGCUCACAACCAUUCAGUGAACGUCAUCAAAGAGAACGAGAAGUUAAGAGAAAAGCUUGCCUCAAAGAGAGAAGAGCUCAACUUCAGAUUUGAAGAACUGAAUAAUUUGGUUGCUCUGACUGAUACAGAGAGAAAGAAAUUAGAUGAUGAGAAAAAAAAGAAUGCUAUGAUAAGCAGCUCACUUGAAUUAGCAACCAUGAAGCAGAAAGAAGCUGAUGAGAGAGUCUCGAAACUUAUUGAAGAACAUAAGAGAGAGAAAGAUGAUUCCAUGAAAAGGGUAGUAGAACUGGAAAGGGAACUGGCUGCAAAACAAAAACUUGAGCUGGAAAUUGAACAGCUAAGUGGUGAAAUUGAAGUCAUGAAGCAUAUGGAAAGUGAAGAAGACUCGAUUAAGAAAAGGAUGGAAGAGAUGCAAGCUGAACUAAAUGAAAAAAUUGAAGAACAGCAAUAUCUGGAGUGUCUUAAUUCGAGUCUUACAUCCAAGCAUUUUGAGAGCAACACUGAAUUGCAGCAUGCUCGGAAGCAAUUGAUUAAGGGAUUGAGAGAUAUAUUAACCGACCGUACUAAAAUUGUGAUAAGGAGGAUGGGUGCUCUCGAUGCAAAGGCUUUUAAAGAUAUAUGUAAGAAAAAGUUUCCGAAGGAAGAGGCAGAUGUUAAAGCUACACUGCUUUGUUCUGAGUGGGAAGAACAUCUGAAGAACCCAGAUUGGCAUCCGUUUAAAGUAAUUACGAUCAAUGAUAAAGAGCAGGAAAUAAUAAGAGAAGAUGAUGAGAAGCUGACCUCAUUGAAGGAGCAAUGGGGUGAUGUUGCUUACAAUGCUGUGAAGGCAGCCUUGUUGGAACUAAACGAGUACAAUCCCAGUGGAAGAUACGUUAUACCUGAGCUCUGGAAUUUGAAAGAGGAAAGAAAAGCCUCAAUAGGUGAAGUGAUUGAAUAUGUACUUCAGCAGUGGAAACAAAACAAACGCAAACGACCUUAAUUCCAACGGUAACUCUAUUACACUGGACUGGUGCCUUAUUUUUCUCUCCAUAUUUGUCUUCUGCGUUUUUGGACAUCAUAUGCUGGAAGAAACAAUUGAUGUGGCUCUUAUCCUCUCUGCUCACGGAGGUAAGGAGAAGAAAAAGUAGCUGGGCCGUAUUGAACUCGGGCUAGAAGUUUUUUCUUUUCUGCUUAGGUUAACCAAAGGUUCUCUUCUUCUAGUCUGCAUUGUGUUAGUCACUCACUAUUUCUUUUUUUAAUGACUACAAUUCUAGUUCCUGCAUUUUAAAUUAAGAUUGGGUAGACCUGUCUUUUAUGAGCUUUUGCUUUGUUGCGUGUUGGAAUAUUUGCGGCGGUAGAGAGUGAUGUAGUUUAACAUCUUAGCUU